AUGGCUUCGUCCACAUCAUCGCCUACAAUGGCGGCCAGUGCCACUGCAACGAGCAAUCCGGGCAGCGGUGGAGGCAAUGGUCCUAGUUCGCCACUGCUCUUCUUCGUCGCGCUCGGCUUCGGCGUUGUCUUUACCAAUCUAUGGAUCAUCGUCGGCGUUAAAUAUUGCUUCAGAUACAAUCAACGAAAUCGCCAGCGUAUGAAUGGGGAAGACCCUGAUGGAGUCGACCUCGGCGCUAUGCCUCGCCAACAUCGCCGCCGGCGGGAGAAGAAGUUGAUGACGAUGGACGAGGUCAACGAAAAAUUCCCUCUCAUCAAGUACAAAACAUGGCGUUCCAAUCGUGCCGACGAAGGGCUGCCCACUGCCGGAGGGAUCAACUCCUUAUCAAGGCCUGCCAGCGUCCGCAGUCAGCCUCGGGACUCUGAAGAUGAGGGCAAUAGCAGCGACCUGAAAGAACUAUCUCGUGCGCAUACGACUACGAGUGUCGAUGAGAAAACCAUCCAACCCGAACAUGGAACUCCCGAGAUCGUGGGUGAAGAAAGCGACUAUGAGCCUCGACCUGCGACGCCGUCAAGGCCCAAGUCCAGUCAGUCGGCAGUGGCUCCGAACACCGCCGUGAACAAGCUCACCACACAUGACGACGACGACGACGACGAUGAUCCAAUACAGACGGCUGUGCCCGCUGAGCAGUUACCCGAGGCUGGAGAUGCUUGCGCGAUCUGCAUUGACACAAUCGAAGAUGAUGACGAUAUUCGUGGUCUCCAAUGUGGCCAUGCCUUUCAUGCCUCCUGUGUUGAUCCUUGGUUGACUUCGCGUCGGGCAUGCUGCCCUCUUUGUAAGGCUGACUAUUACGUUCCAAAACCUCGACCUGAAGGGGUAAAUAUCGACGGAUCUGCCAGAAGUGGCCUACAUGUCGAUCUGCAACAACCUCCCGGCACCUUCUCCACCAUGGGAAAUGGACGAGCUGGUAGACGACCGGCUAUGAUCAUUCCCGGCCGUUUCAUGAGUAUCAUCUAUCAUGAUCGUGAUCGACAUGGAUUUCCACUUGUGGUGCACGCGGAGAGACCCGGCCAGGCGGAACGAGAACGACAGCGACAACGACAACGACGAAGAGUAGUGACCUCCACCACCGCUGUGCAUGGAGGCCGGUCUGAAAGCGCCCGUGGUGCACCCAGCUGGUGGGCCCGAUUUCGUCAUCCUAUGCCUGGUCGCAAUCGAAUGGCUCAACCACAAGAUCCGAACCAGUCGGCUCCUGUGUUCCAACCCACACCUUCCCAGCUUGAAGCCGGGAGAUGA